UCUACUGUUGACCUGCUAUCUCCCCCAAAAGACCCCCUGUACCCCCUAAAAAAGACUAGAAUAGGUCUAUUAUGGGUGUCAUAGGGUUAAUCAAUAAUGGGAAAAAAAGCCUUAGCUCAUUGGUCGAUGUCCAUCAAACAUGUUAAACGCCAGAUUCCUGGUGUGAAUAUUCAUAUAAGUUUCUGUUUAUUUGUAGCAACAAUACUACAGGACGGCGACAUUAUGCCAAAUAGGCAGAGGAAUGCAUUACGCUGCCGGGGUAGAACCUGCAGGUGGCCCAGGUCUAGAGGCGGCAAGGUCUAUGUGCCCUAUGUCAUCUCCUCCAGUUACACCGACGACGAGAAAAAUAUCAUCGUCAAUGCCCUGAACAUCUUCAUGACUGACACCUGCGUUACCUUUGUCUUGAAGACCGACCAACUGGAUUACCUCGACUUCUUCCCUGGAUCUGGGUGUUGGUCCUACCUGGGCCGUACGGGAGGAAGACAGCGCAUUUCCCUGCAGCAACGGGGUUGCGUGUACAAGGGCACGGUGCAGCACGAGGCUCUCCACGCUCUGGGCUUCCACCACGAGCAAGCCCGCUCCGACAGAAACAGAUUCGUCAGGAUCCUCACCCAGAACAUCAGGGCAGGAACUGAAGGAAACUUCAAGAGGCAGAAGACUAACAACUUAAAAACUUCCUACGACUUCAACUCUAUCAUGCACUACAGCAAGUACGCAUUCUCCAAAAACGGGCAGCCAACCAUCGUCGCUAAGCGCAACCCUGACCAAGUCCUUGGAAGAGCCAAAGAGAUGAGCCAAACUGACAUCCUUCGCGUCAACAAGCUUUACCGAUGCAGGUGAAUGACGGAAGGAAAAGGGUCGACCUCCAGAUAACUUCAACUCUCGACUUGUCAUGAUUCAACCAAAGGCCCCAAUCUGUUCUACGGCAAGAAUAUAACCUCAAACAACAAACAGACAGCUUUGACAACAUGCUGUCUCUCAUUAAGAUAUUAGCUUAUAAUGUGCACAGAAAACCUUCAGGAAAUUGUUUCAGCUUGUCAGAGAGACUGAUGAAGGAAGGUCAGACAUGGUACCAGUAACCUUUUGGGAGAUUACUUUUUUUUACUUUAUGUUUUUUUUAACAAUUUGUAAUUGGAUUUAAAUCAUUCACUCACUUUUUCAUUGGUUUUAAAAUCAAUAAACUUUAUGAUUUGGUAAAGGUUUUACUGAGCUGGCUCACAGAGCCAAGAGACGAUGAUCUAUGACUCAUCUAUCUAUCUAUCUAUCUUUCAUAUGAACUAUCAGUAGGAGAAGCAUUUUGAUUUUUUACUUAAGUAAAAAUUGUAACACACUGCUGUAAAAAUACUCCAUUGCAAGUAAAAGUCCUGUAUUCAUGAAGUGUAGUAAAAGUAUGCAAAACCUAAAACCAAAUAUACCAAAAUGUAACAUAAAAUAGAAAUAACUCAGAAUGUGUUACAGCUAUGGUAAUUGUGUGCAGACACAAGCAGGAAAGUCUGAUGGGAUCCAAUAGCAAUUAAUAACUUAAAAAAAUAAGUAUUCUGAAUUACCUGGCAAUAACAAUUAAUAUAAUCAGGACAAUUUGAGCUAAAUGUCCUUUUUCCUUACUUUUUUAAUUUUGUGGUUUCUUCUUGAAAUUUGGGAUUUAUAGUCAAUGACUUUGUAGUCAUAUCUACCAUGAAGGGAAA